AUGAUGAAAGUUGUUGCUCUCCUCGUCGCCUUUUUGGCGACGGCCAGUGCGUUUGCCCCCAUGACUCCGACCAACGCCCCAACCAAGAGUAGCACUGCCGUGUAUUCCCUUUUUGACUCCAUCACGGGUAUGGAUCUGUUUGCUCCCAAGAAAGACCAGAACAAGUACGGCGCCCGCACUGGCAAGAACCUCAAGAUUGGAACCAUUGGUUCUGGAAGCUACGUUCCCGAUGGUCUGACCCAAGCCCAAUACAACAAGAUUCGGGCCGAAGCUGCUUCCAAGAAGGAAGCCAACUACCAGCGCAAUGUUGCCAAGGCUGGAAAGUUCGAAGACUUUACUGAAUUCUACAAGCAGCGAGGAACAUCCGAGGGAGGCUCGUGGUUGAAGGCUGCUGGACGUGGACACAAGUAUGUCAAGACCAAGUAUGACUGGUCUGGAGAGAAGAAGGACACUGCUACUUUCUGGUAA